UAUUAGUGGUUUCUUUUCGGUGUUUUUGUGGAUUCGCAGUGACGUGGGUUUGCUUACCUGAUUCUCGACCGCCCACUCAAGUGAAAGACAACGGAGGUCGGCUCAAAAAACAACGACGAGCCGUAAGAAAGUAUAUAUAUUUUUAAAAGAUAAAGUUGUGUUCCUGGAAGCACCAUGGAUGAAGAAGAACAGUUUGUGAACAUUGAUCUCAACGAUGACAAUAUCUGCAGUGUCUGCAAGCUCGAGACAGAUACAGGGACCUUAUCUUUCUGCCAUGUCUGCUUCGAACUCAGCAUUGAAGGUGUUUCCGCUACUACCCUGGUGCAUUCAAAGUCUCUGCGGGGUCACCGAGACUGCUUCGAGAAGAGCCACCUCAUCGCCAACCAGAAGUUGUCACAUUCCAGGGUCUCCCGAAGUGCCUACGAGGGCAUGAAGCUGGCCCUCAGCCAAAAACUCAACCGUAUCAUCCAGUACGCCCAGAACAAAGACAAUGUCACCACAAACGGCUUCAGCAGACGCGGAAGCAGGCUCGUUCGUUACAGCCAGAAGAGCGACUGCCAGCUUCUGCCUCAGACGGAAGCCCUGGUACCCCGCUACACCCCCUGCCGGAAGCCGAGCGAAGCAACGCGACUGCCCGAUUACACCAUGGGGAUGUUGGAGUGCCACACGGCCCAGGAGCUGAGGGUUCUGCAGAACUCGCAUGGUGAGCUUUGGAAAACUCUACAGAUCCGGAAUCAAGCAACAGUAGAUGGGCAUUGCAGACAUCAGAACUACAGCAGAGAAGAAUUGACUAAAAUGAGUGUGGAUGAGCUUCAUCAUUUGAACACACAGCUUCUCAUGCAGAUUCAAAAAGUCUUCGAGGAGCUGACUGCGGCUGUGCAGGAGAAAGACUCGCUGGUGUCCGAGCUGCACGUGCGUAACGUAGCCAUUGAGCAGCUGUUCGAGAACUGUGCCAAACUGCCCUGGCUGCACAUCAGCAGGGCUGGCAGGGUGAAGGCCAGCAGCGCGAGUGUAGAGUGACACUUUUUUUUUUUUACAUUGUCUGCUGCUGUCACACUGGAGUCAAA